UAAGGGUUGCUAUUAAUAAACCUGAGAGAAGAGCUGAAGCUGGUGAAAGCGAAUGGUGUGCGAGUUGAAGAGGAGAAAAACUUCAAGAAACAACAACUAGGACAUAUCUGGGAUGCUCCUUGUGGAUUGAUUUUGAACAGCUUUAAGGCUUCACAAACAUGGAAGAACCUGUCUCAAGAACUGAAUCAGCUAAUUCUGAAUCAAUUUCAGAAUAUGAGCUGUUAAUUCUGCACACAGCAGAUGCACAGGAAUGGGCAACAUAUUUGCAGCAGAUCUUAAAAUCCUCCAGAAAAUUCCGCAAAAGGUCUAUUUUGCUAUAUGCAGUCGGCCCAGCUGAUCAACUCCAUGGAUAUCAAUUUCAGUAUUUUCAAAGCUGCAAGUGUAUUGUGUUACUCCUCACGGGAACAAUCCUGGACAUGCUCUGUGACCCCGAGCUGCAGGGAGCACUUCAGAAACUGCUUCAUCCUCCACACAGAGUGGUGGCACUGCUGUGCGGUGUGUCAGAGGAUGAAAUACUGCCAGAAAGCUUUGUAGACUGGCCCAACUGGAGAAAGAUUUCUGCUGAGGACGAGCCUUCAGUCUAUGUCUCCACAAUAUUGGAUGCCUUCAAUGACAACAGAAAAGCUGAGGCUAAGCAUGAGAGCAAAGCUGCAGGUGUAGCAGAGUUAGCCAUAACAAAAGCCUUGUCAACUGAAAAUCCUAUCACAGUUGAAAGAGAGGAAGUUGUGUCAGACGAGCAAAAAGAACCUGUCCUAAAGGAUGGAGAACUUGUGACCAUGGGGAACUCAACAAACAUGGAAAUGAGAACACCCCCCCACCUCACCUGUCUCACUGUUCAACCAAACAAAGUUCUGUGUGGAGAACAGGAGAAACUUUUUGUCAUUUUCACACAUAAAGUAGAGUCGGCUCCAGAGGUGGAGUUUUCCUCUGAAAACCAUUCUGCAAAAAGAGUCCCAGGCACUGUGGAGAAUGAAUAUACUAUAAGUGUCUUAGCACCCGAUAUGCCUGCGGGAGUUGUAUCACUCACCAUGUACACUAACCAAUCCUGCUUCAGCUUAAAGCCUGUUACAUAUUAUACCACUAUAGGAGAAGUCAGUCGGCUGCUUGAAAAUGCUACUGAUCCUGUUAACUUCAUGUGCCAGGCUUUCAACUUUACGUCAAAUGCAACAGAAUCACUGGACAACAUGCUUACUGACUCGUUGAAAUCCAAGAUGCCUGCAAACAGUCUUCAGCUGUUUGGAAUCAAACAGAUAGAAGAAGACAAUAUGGCAGCAUAUCAGCGUAAUGAGGAGUAUCCAACGCUGCUUCACUUUGCUGCGAAGUAUGGCUUAAAGAAACUGACCACAAUUCUACUUCAGUGUCCUGGGGCUCUGCAGGCUUACAGUGUCAUGAACAAGUAUGGAGACUACCCCAACACAAUGGCAGAGAAAAGUGGCUACACUGAUCUCAGGCAGUUUAUGGAUGAAUUUGUUGAGACAGCAGACAUGCUAAAGUCACAUUUUGAAGACACAAUCAACACUGAGGAGAGUGCAGAGGUGUACGAGUUGAUGUCAGCUAACUCUCAAGAUAUCAUGAUGAAGUACUCAGGUUGCUCAGAGGACAUAUAUGAGUCGAUGCUGGGGAUAGACCCUGAAUGUGCAGAGGACCUAUAUGAGGGGAUGUCUGCAGUUGGUGAGAACCCUGAAGAAGCUUUGCUUAGGAAGUUCUUCCAAGCAAAACCACAUUCACAGAGCCAGGAAAACAUUGAACAAUUUAAAAGUGAGGAAGAUGAAAAAGACAGUCAAUACGACUUGGAUCAAAUUGAAGAAGAAGAGGAUCCAUACAACCUCUUACCAGAGGAUAUCUAUGACACUGUGGACACAAACAGCACUUAUAAUCCUGUAAUCCAGAACCGUCCACCUGCACCCAUCCCCAGACCUGAGACUGAGUCUCAGCCUCAGAAGCCUAUGGCAUACAUUUCUAGAGUAUUUUCAGAUAAAGGUACAUCUCAGAGAGAAACUAUGGAAACUGGAUUUCCUGAAGGCCAGCCUGUUGCAGACCCACCCUCUCCUUCUUAUGAUCCUUAUGCUGGAAUGAAAACACCCGGACAGAGACAGCUCAUAUCUCUGCAGGAGAGGGUGAAAGUGGGGGAAAUUAAUGUGGAUGAAGCUGUGCAAGAGUUCAAGGCCUGGCAGUUGGAUCAUGAGCGGAGGGCCAACUCUAUUCGCUAUCAGCAGGAAAAUCUGAAGCGAUUACGAGACAGUAUAACCAGACGACACAAAGAAAGAGAGAAGACUGGAAAGGAUCUUGAUUAUGAGAUUAGUGCUCCGCUGCAAAGGAACUUAUACUGGGGCUCCAGUGUGACAUUGGAGUGUUCUGUGUACGAGCCUGCACCCAGGGCGGAGGCUCCUCCUCCACCUCCAGCAGCACAUACUAUACAGAGAGGCAGCUGGAAGACUGGCAGCACGUCCAGCACAUCCAGUACUGAGAGCAACAGACUGAGCACUCACAGCACAUUUAGCAACAGCAGUGGGACCGAGCCUGACUUUGAGGACACAAUAGAAAAUCUUCCUCCUCCACCACGACCUCCACGGCCAUGUGAUGCUGCAGCGCUCAUUUCUGCACCCAGGAUUCCUCCAAGAGUCCCAGAGAGGAUUCCAGAGAAGACCGAUCGCUACAUAUCCUGUCCAACUCGAGCCCUUCCUCAAAGACCCACUCAAAGACACACAAACUCAGCACCUCCUUUACCUCGUCGCCUGCGGUGAUUGACAGGUCUACUAUACUGCUUAUUUUUUUAUGAAGAAGAGUAAUAGACUUGAAAAGACUGUGUUCUUUGACAUUUAAUAAGAUUUAUUCACAUGAAGAGACAGGCAGACAUUUUUUAAAAUCUUAAUGGAUCCAUGUCCAAACAAUAAUCAGAGUCCCAAUACAUCAUUGUUUAUGUCUGAAGGUGUAUGUGCCACAAGUGGGAAAGCAGAAGUUAUUCAACUUAUUAUACCUUGACAUUGUUAUUAGUUGUUAGUUAUUUAUUAUACUUGAGAUGAUAUCAGCAUUAUACUUCUUUGAGGACGAAGUUUGGUGUUGAUGAUUGACUAUGGCAUUGUCUUGUGCAUUAUCAUGUUUGGCCACUUGAUGGCGCUAGAUGUUUUCUGUUAGGCCCUUGAUGGGUGGACUCCACUCACAUCUUCUCCAAAGUGUGAAAAUGUAUUUAAUUUUUUUUGUUGUUUGCAUAAAGCAUGUAGAAUCAAAUGAUAUUUUAUUAUAUUCUGAAGUUUUAAACCAUUAUGUAAAGGGUGAGAGUGUGUAGUUAGCUAAAGCUUCUUGUCAGAACUUUCAUAGUAAAUUCAUAUUUUCCGCAAUCCUUUUUUGUCAACGUUAAUUUUCAGCAUUUUUUUGUGUGCAAAAUUUCAAUAUAGCUGUUAAGACUACGACUGACAAAUGCAUUUUCCAACCAUUGCAAUAAAAACAUAUUGGUGUAUGAAAAAGUA